AUGAAAUUACAAGAAAUUACCAAAUUAUUUUCAUAUUUGUUAUGGCUAUUAGCAUCUCUCAAAUUAGCAUCGGCUAUCGAACGUGAAGUGAAAGGAAAUUGGAGAGAUUUUUAUGAAAUUGCACCUCAUGUUGAAGAAACACCGGGCCGUUUUCAAGUGAUUUCAUUUAACUGGGAAGAAGUCCAAAAACCAUAUACUAUUGCAAUAUGGCUAUUACUUGCUGGAAUUGCUAAAAUGGCGUUACUGAUUGUUGUCGGCCUUAUGUUGGGUAUUCUGCUCAAGCUAUCCAAUGUUAAUGAUUCAAUAUUCAAUCUUGAAGCAAAUAUUUUCUUCCUUUACUUGCUUCCACCAAUUAUUUUUGAUGCAGGUUAUUUCAUGCCAAACAGAGCUUUGUUUGAAAAUUUUGGCUCAAUUUUGGUAUUUGCCGUUAUUGGAACCAUAUGGAAUUGCUUUGCAAUAGGCUCGUCAUUGUAUGGCCUUGGUUUAUUAAAUGCAUUCUCAAUUAAAUUUUCUAUUUUCGAAAUUUUUCUCUUUUCGGCAUUAAUUAGUGCUGUUGACCCUGUAGCUGUGAUAGCAGUUUUUGAGGAGAUUCAUGUUAAUGAAACUCUUUUUAUCACCGUUUUCGGGGAAGCAUUGUUCAACGAUGGCAUCACAGUGGUGCUGUAUCAAAUGUUCCGCAAAUUUGUGUUGAUUGGAAAAGAUAAGCUAAUUCCGAUUGAUUACUUUGCUGGCGGUAUAAGUUUUUUUGUGAUUGGUCUUGGCGGUACAGCGAUUGGUCUUUUUUAUGCUUUUAUUGUUAGCUUCAUCACCAAGUAUACGGAUAAAGUAAAAAUAUUAAAUCCAAUUUUCAUAUUUCUAAUACCGUAUAUGGCAUAUUUAACGGGUGAAAUGUUUGGACUUUCAUCCAUUUUAGCGAUCGUUGCUUGCGGUAUGGCCAUGAAGCAGUAUGUUAAAGGUAAUAUUACUACAACGGCUGCGACAUCUGUCAAAUAUUUCAUUAAAAUGCUAGCACAAAUUUGUGAAACGGUCAUUUUCAUGUUUCUUGGCUUAUCAACCAUUUCGAGCAAACAUCAUUGGGAUUUACCAUUUAUCGUACUCACAAUUAUCUUCUGUUUGGUUUAUCGCACCAUCGGAGUAAUCGUACAGUGCGCUAUACUGAAUCGUUUCCGGAAACAAAGUUUCACUCGAGUUGAUCAGUUCAUUUUGUGUUAUGGCGGAUUACGAGGAGCUAUCGCUUUCGGCUUGGUAGUUUCCAUGCCGAAUAACAUUAAUGCUAAAAGUAUGUUCACCACAGCCUGUAUAGCCGUCAUUUACUUCACCGUAUUUCUGCAAGGAAUAACAAUCCGACCUUUAGCGACAUACUUAAACAUUGAACGUGAAAGGCAAGAAGGUCCAACAAUGAUACAAAGUGUUUACAUGCGGUAUUUCGAUUAUACAAUGGCUGGUGUGGAAGAUAUUGCCGGCCAAAAAGGUUACAAUUCAGUACGUGAUGCCUUUGAACGUUUAAAUGCGACGAUCUUUCGACCGCUGCUAAUGCGAAAUCAAAAGCCUCAUCAAUUUGACGCAUCCAAAAUCAUUCGAGCCUAUACAAAAAUAACAUUAAAAGAAGCUAUGGAAAUGGCCAGCGAUAUUGGGCCUAAAAUUCAUAUGCCAAGCAAAUCCAAAAGUAUAUCUGACAAGGUUGCUUCGUCAUCUUAUAACAAUUUGGAAUAUUUAUUUAAUGAAAAAUCCAGAGCAAAUGAUCCAUCGAAUUUAAGGACCGAAAUUGCAAAAUACAUGACAUCAAGCGAAAAUACAGAAGCUUUGUACCGUAUGUUCAGUCAGUUAUUAGAUCGUAAACUUCGUGAAUUAAAAAAGGAUGAAAAUACGAUAGAAGAAAAUGGAGAUGAUAUUAAAGAGGAUUACAUGGCAGAAUUUAUCAAACCUGGGACCAGCGUUUCAACAAUUGAUCUUACAGAUCCUGUUAAAUUGGAAUCUCGUUCAAUGUCAAAUCCAUUUCAUGGCAGUAUAAGACGACGAAGGCGAGUAGCAAGAAGUCAUAGUAUGGGAAAUUACAUUUGA